GUCUCUCGGGUGCCCCUCUCCACGCGCGGCUGUACCCACCCGAGAGAGAGUGGAAGCCCUUCUCUCACACGCAAAAGGGGACAUCUCAUCACGACUCUUGGUAGCAGGCACUUCUCCGUAGUGGGCACUCCACUCAUCGUGUCGUCGUACGGGUUCUCCGCGAGAGCCUGUGGAGCCUCCGCUCUCGGGUCGGGUGAGCGUGCGAGCGAGCAAGCGAGCGAGCGAGCGAGCGCGAACGGCCGAGCGCGCCGGUCGAGUGGGUCUAAGCGGCCGUGAGGACCUCUCCAGGAGUACCCGACAGUCCUCUCCAUUCAUUCAUCCAUCCAUCCACCCAUCCAUCCAUCCAUCCGAGGAAGCGAGCGAGCUAGCAAGCGAGCGAGCGAACGUGCGAACGCGCGAGCGAACGAACGAACGAACGAACGAACGAACGAACGAACGAACGAACGAACGAACCAGCCAGCCAUCUAGCCAGCCAGAAAAUCAACCAGCCAGCCAGCCAGCCAGCCAGCCCGCCAGUGAACCAACGAACAAAGUGUCAAGGCAAGACGAGGCGAGAGCCGGCUCAAGCCGGGUUAAGAAGCCGAGUCGAGUCUAGCCAGCGAGAGUCAUUCAAUCCAUCCAUCCAUCCAUCCAACCAUCCAACCAACCAACCAACCAACCAACCAACCAACCAACCAGCUGGUCAACCAGCCAGCUAUUCAUCCAGCCAUCUAUCCAUCCAUAGAGCUGCUGCUCCUCUUCUAGCGAGGAGGAAGGUGGAGGCAAAGAGCAGAGUGGUGUACAUCUACAGAGGGUCGAAGGACUCGAAGAGGGCCGCGAGUGAUUUCAGUCGGUCGGCGGCCGGCCUUGCCGGCCACUCUGCUCCCUCCUCGGCCGCCGACCGUCGCGUUGUAUCGCGUCGCGUCGCGAGUGAGUGUGCGAGUGCUCGCGUUACCGUUUGCCAUCCGUCGUCCGGAAAGGGCCGACGACGGCAUGGCGACGGUGAGAACAAACGAUCGGUCAACGAUCGGUCCGCGCGCAAACUUUUUGCCGUCAUCGACGUCAUUGUCGUCGUCGUCGUCGAGGUGAACGGCGUCUAGAGGUGAACGCCGUCGUGAAUGCGUAGAAAAGGAAAAUGUGCCGAGUGUCGUCGAGCCGAGGAGUCAGUGAGUGACGCCGAUAGCGUGUUUUCGCGCGCGCGAGGGAUCACCGUCGCGAGGAUUACCGCGAGGAUUACCGCCUCCGAGGUGAGCCGCUGCCCGCCGGCGAGCGUGGCAGCAGCUACGGUACCGUCGCGAUAGAUCGCUAUCCAUCAUCCGCUUCCUCCUCCUCCGCCUCCUCUUCCUCCUUUUACUACUCCUCAUGUCGCGCCGUUUUCGCGACUAGCACCGGCCUCACGAUUCCGCGAAGCACGAGCUUCAAGUAUUUCGACGGCGUCGGGCUCGCCGAGAUGAGCGGUGGCAGCGGCGGCGGCGGCGGAGCUAGCGGUGCCAGCGGAAACGGCGCCGGGAAUCAGGCGAGCGGAAAUGCGACUACCUAUCAUCAGCAUCAACAACAGCAACAGCAGCAGCAACAACAGCAGCAGCAGCAACAGCAGCAACAACAACAACAACAACAACAGCAGCAGCAGCAGCAGCAACAACAACAACAGACGCAGCUAGAACAGGCGAGUCUCCUGCCGGAUUUGAACAGCAUCGAUCUAGCGAUAAGUCUCUCGCCGAAGCAACACUCAUCGCACGUGCAGGCCGGGGGCGGCGCUCACACGACGCCGUUCAGCGUGACCGACAUCCUCUCGCCGAUGGAGGAGUCCUAUAGAAAGUUCGAUCUCGUGGCAGCGGCUGCGGCGGUCGGAGUCGGCGUUGGCGUCGGAGUAGGCGUCGUUAGCCACCCCCAGGGCUCGCCGUACGGUAACGCCUGCGGCGCGAGAGUCGCCGGUAACACCGGAAGUUCGAGCGCGAGCAGCGGGAGUCCGCCGCUCCACGGCGGCUCGACGCCCGGCGGUAGCACGCCCGGUCCUGUUACCGGGAGCGCCGGGAACGGUAGCGCCGGUACCGCCGGCACCGCCGGAACUGCCGCCGGUGCCGGAGCCGGAGGUGCGGCCGGUGGGAGCGCCGCUGGGACACCCGGUAUGACCGCCAUGGGUAAUCCUUACGCCACGAUGCAGCUCACCUCGCAAUAUCAGUAUUGUACCGCCGAACUUUCACCGUACCAUCAUGCCGGGCCCACCGUCGGCGGUACCGCCACUGUUGCAGAUCCCAUGAGAUCUCACGCCGUUUCCACUCAUCAUCAUCCUUGGUACGCCCCGGCACCGCCGGCUACCAACGAUCCCCGUUUUGCCAUCUCGCGGCUAAUGGGCGCCGCGGCGGCGGGCGCCGGGGCCAAUGUGGCCGGGUGCUCGGUGGGCCAGUCGAUGGGCGACGUUACCAAAACCUCUGGCAUGGGCGUUGGCGUCGGCGUCGGAAUGAACGUUGGCAUGGGCGUCGGUACGAUGCAAUUUCCCCUCGCGCAGAGGCGGAAGCGUCGAGUUCUCUUCACCCAGGCCCAGGUCUACGAGCUCGAAAGGCGCUUCAAGCAGCAAAAGUACCUAAGCGCACCCGAAAGGGAGCAUCUUGCUUCCCUCAUUCAUCUCACGCCAACGCAGGUCAAAAUCUGGUUUCAAAAUCAUCGGUACAAAUGUAAGAGACAAGCCAAAGAAAAGGCGAUGGCCGAACAGAACGCUCAAAAUCAGAGCGCGAGCUCGCCACGGCGGGUAGCGGUGCCGGUACUGGUGAAGGACGGGAAGCCCUGCGGGAGCGGAGGCGGAGGCGGCAACGAGGGUAGCCGCGGCGGGCCUAGCGCCGCCCUGGCGAGCCCCGCACCCCACAUGACGGCGGCCUCGAGUCCCCACGGCUCGCACCACGCCGCCUCCUCCUCGGUGUCGCAUCAUUCGGUGGUGGGAGUGAGUCACGUGAUGACCUCCAGCCAGAGCCUCCAGCAUUGCUCUUACACGCGGACGGGAGCCCAGCAGAGCAUGCAACAGCAGCAGCAACCGCAGUGCGGCGCUUAUCUGCCCUUGCAGAGCCGGGCUUGGUAGUGCGCGCCAUCCGCGGCGGGGGCCGCGGCCUACGCCAAUCCCUCCGUUACGGGCCCAUGGACCCUCGCCGCGGAUACUGCAGCUGCCUGGUACUCCAUUCCCGACGACAGCAACUAAAGGACGAAUGGAACGGACCGCGACCAAUCGUCUUUGAUAUCGAUCGAUUCCCCUCGAUCGAUUCCUGAUCAACGUAAUUUUUUAUCCGACUCUACUACGGCCUUCCCUUACGAAGUCUAGUAGACGUAAGACAUACGAUUUUCGCGGCCCGCUCUUCAAGGACCUUUGCAACGAUCUUGCCUCGUCGAUAUUAUCGGGAAUGAUCUAAGAACGGAGGAUGUGCGCGAAUUAUUUCUUCUCGGACGUUAAAAAGUCGCAUGGUGAUUUUAGUGGAAGAAAAAAAAAAAAAAACGCCGACCCGAAAAACGCGCGAGUGAACGGACAAACAAGAUAGAAUAUCUAAUAAUCGUUUACUUUACCCUACGCCUACCUACCAAUGGUUUCACGUGCGUCAUCACCAAAGUUCGAUCGAACGGCGAUCUCGUAGAGACUUAGCCAUCGAUCGUUCGUCGAUUAUGUGAGAUAAACGGCGAUGACGAGCCAAAUGUAAAUUUCGCUUAGAUGCGAAUGCAAACAACAUCAGCCAUCGUUUUUACGUGUACGUCGCAAAAGAAGCUUUGUUACAAGUCGACCUUUCAAUCGGCGAUAAAGGAUCUACCUAAUUUUUAAGAGCCUGUCCUUUAGCAUAAAUUAGUUUUUGAUCUUUCUGAAAAAAUCGGAGAUGUUGUAAACAAAGUACUCCGCGUUCUUUAACGAAAGAUCAAAAGUUCUUUUUUUCUUUUCUCUUUUCAAAAAGAAAAAAGAAAAUCCCUUCCGUUUCAUUUUCUUUUUCGUAAAGAUUUGCAAAACUCUGAGAAGGACGAACAUCCCGUUUUAUAUCGCAAUGUUCCAAUUUACUUGUCUCAAAGGCACGAACGAAGGUAUCGAUUUCAAUUACGCGAAACCGUACACCCAGUGUCGGCACAUUCACUGACUCGAUUUCACCGAACGCGGAACGCGAGACGCACUCGUUCGACAUUGUUGCAUCGGUGAAUACAGGAGUCCCACGAGCCUGUUGCCAACGCAACCCGUCUGCUUUGUGUCGCUAAUCGAGUCGAUCUAAUUGAAAUCCAAAUUUGCUUUGAUUGCCACUCCAACGUUAGCGGAGUUAACCGUUGGCGCUCAUCGAUCCCCAUCUAACACUACAAUCUGUAUGAAAUUCUCGACGUAUAUUUUUUUUAUUUUCUCUCCCUCCAUCUUCCAUCCAUCCAAAAAAAGUUCUUCUUUAUGUCCGUUCCAACUUAUUUGUUAUUCGAGAAUCAUUCGCGUAAAGAGAAUUUUUCCCAUUAAUUUUUUUCAACGUAAUCAGGACGUCGAACAUUUUCGAGAUACUAUUCAUCGAAAACUCGACCGUGCGAAAUUCAACAAUGAAGAAGAAGAAGAAGAAGAAGGAGAGGAAGAGGAAGAGGAGGAGGAGGAGGAGGAGGAGAAUAAGAAGAGGAAGAAAGAGAAGAAGAAGAAAAAAAAAAGAGAGAUAUUCUCGCAAGGUAGAAGGCAAGCUUUUUCAAAAGCGACUAAGUCACGUCGAUCGUGGCCGUCGCGCGAGAAUUUUUUCGACGAAGCUUGACGCAACCGAUUCUGAAUAUGUCUAUCCAUGAGGGAUUUCUUUAGAAUCGCGUCUACUUCGCACUUCACCUUCCCCUAUCUCUUUCCCCUUUUUCUUUCUUCCUUGAAAGCACAUGUUCGCAGCAACUACCGUUGAAGAGAAAGAGAAGGGAAAGAAAUCGCGUAGAUGCCAUGGUAGAUACAUAUAAUUUAUUCGUUUCAACGGACCGCGUCGAUAGAAACUAGAGAAAGAAAGGAAGAGAGAGAGAGAAAGAGAGAGAAUGUUCGCACUAACUCGCACGCUAAC